GGAACUGAGAGAGAGAGCGCAGAGAGUGAGGGAAAGGCAGGGACUGUCAGGGAGUUGUGUGUGUGCGCGGUCAGGGACUGGGUGGCUGGGGCUGGGGGAGUACCCAGCGUGUGAGCACUCAGAGCAGAGACUGAGGGGACAGAGAGAGAGAGAGGGGGAAUGGCCUCUGACCGGGACAGUUACGCUAACUGGUGCGAGCCCUCCUCCCUGAAGCGGGGUGACUUGCUGGAGGUAUCCCGCACUCUCUUCACGCACUAUGGGAUUUAUCUGGGAGGAGAGAAGGUGGCUCACCUGAUGCCCGACAUCCUGCCCUUGUUAACCGAUGACCAGAAGCUGAUCCGGGAGGUGGUGACCAACCAGCGCCUGGUCCUGGGCGUUAUCUGCAGGAUGGCGAGUAUCCGGGUGGACUCGGUGGAGGAUUUUGCUUAUGGAGCCAUUGUCCUGGUGAACCAUAUGGACUCGGUGUGCAAGAACCCCGUGCUUCCCGGGGAAGAGGUAGCGAGGAGAGCAGAGAAACUGGUGGGAAGCACAGAGUACAGCCUGCUGUGGAACAACUGUGAACAUUUUGUCACUCACUGUAGAUACGGCACUGCAGUCAGCAUCCAGACCGACAAGUUUUGUGAAGCAGUGAAGACUGUAAUUCGGGACCAGAGGAGUGUUUUUGUCACCGCUGCUUUAGGACUGGCUGGAAUUUUCUGGCUGGGUUUUGGGCCCUCCACCACUCUCCCUACAGUACUCAUACCAUUCUUCCUAUGGAUGGCUGGCUAAUUUAUGCAGUGAUUUCCAAAACAAUGUAAAUAUGUGUUAUAGCAGUCUAAUUAUGUACAAAGAAAAGCAAUAUGAUUUAUAAAUAUUCAUCCAUUUCAGUAAAAAUUAAUUUGUCCCUUUGCGAGCUGUAGCUCCAUUAUUACAGAAAAUAAAAUUGUAUUUGGCUUACAGUCUAACCUUGAAUAGAAAUGUUUGUACUGAGUAGACUCCUAAAAUCAAAUAUUUUAAUGUGACUUUCUUGCUUUGUAACAUUAACGAUACGCUAUGUUUGAAAUCUUGAAUUUUUUAAAGAACAAUUUUAUAUUUUGACUAUUCCUCUAUAUUUUUUGUUUUACUUACUUAUACUAAUGGAUCAGCUUUGACCACAUGGACAUCAUACACCAUUGACUGAAUGUAUAUUUGGUCAGAGAACAUUAACAGUUUUAUUUUUAAAAAAUGGCACUAUAAGUACUGUGGACAGUAGGUUACAUGAUUUUCAGAUUAAAUAAACAAAAUAGUUUUUAAAAUCUA